AUGGUCGGAUGGUUCAAAAUACUCAAAUUAAUCCCAUUAUUAUUUCUUCCCAUUGCAUUUUAUCUCUUUCACAAUCAAUCGUACUUCUAUUCAAUAGUCUCAAUCGAACAAAAAUGUCCUUGUUCGUUCGAUUCUAUCGCUUCUUGCCAAGCCUCUCGUAAUCCAAAACGUACACUGAUGUACAUUAUCUGGGGCAAAGGUGGUUAUUGUAGCGAGAUGAAUCAAUUAUUAUUAGCAUUUGCUUACAGUGUUUGGUCGAAACGACAUUUCAUUAUUGAUGCUCGCCAAUGGAAUUAUGGUAAUUUUUCGCACUAUUUUCAUGUACCAUCGAUGAACUAUUUUCCUUACUCGAAUCGUACGUAUCUCGGCAAGAAUAAUAACGAGAAUGAGCUGAUUGAUCAUGCACAAACAACGCGUACUGGGAAUAUAUUGAAUCGAUUUUGGAUUGCUUCAUUAAAAGUUCAAUCAUUAGAAAAAAUUCGUUACGUGACGCAUUAUCUCUGGAAAUCGUUAACGAAUGAAACAUUGAAAUUCAUUGAAGAACACCGAAUAAAACGGUUACCGAAGACUUACAUUGGCAUUCACGUUCGAAAAGGUGAUAAACUGAUAAAAGAAGCUCGAGAAAUACCAUUAAUGGAAUACAUAACAUUGAUCGAAGCGAUGGUGAAGAGAAAGAAAAAGAUUCGUCAUAUCUUCGUGGCAUCGGAUGAUCAUACUGUGAUUGGUCAGUUACGUCGACUGAGACCAAGAUGGCAUUUUGUUGGUAUAGACAGAAGGAAGCAUCGAAAAACGGAUACCACUGGUCAUUAUCAAAAGAAUUUUGAUCAACUAUCGGAGAAAGACAAAAUCUUUGAAACGCGUUUAUUCAUGACUGAAAUGCAAAUGUUGAUCGACGCAAAAUAUGUUCUAUGUGGAAUGUCGUCGAAUGUCUGUCGAUUCAUACAACUUUUAAGACAUCAAAAUCCAGCGACUCUCAUCUCAUUAGAUUACAAAUGGCGUUCGACAUAA